AUGAAUUCACCUCCAAAACGUCGGGGAAGCAGCAAUGCGCCAGGCAUUAAUGCAGGCGCUUUGCGCUCUGCUUUACCUAUUCCCACAAAACCUUCACGUCGACCCUCCUUCCAGUCCCCCACAAGGUCCAGUCUAGCCAAAUCAAACCCCGGAGUUCUAGAGCAUGCAAUCAGCAGGUCUCCAAGUCGGCAACCAGAACCCCAACAAAGCAAGGGAGAAAAGGAAGCGUUAAAUCCGAUCGGACUUCGAGGUCGCAAAGCCUUUCGACCCUCAAUAAGUGGAACCUCCAGUCCCUUGAAAGCGCCACCUGGAAAUGCACCUCUUUUGUCGCCCAGCAGACGUGCUAGCGGUGUUCAAUCAUUCACAAAACCCCCACGCAGACUAUCGAAGAAGAUUGUCCCCGGUGACUUUUUCUUCGGGUCGCCUAUCCGGAAACAACCCCAGCCAGCAGAGCAGGACCUUUCGAACACACCAGAAGGCCAAUUGGCCACAGAGCUUGGAAGUGCAACACGUGAAACGGCCACGGAAAGUCACAUAUACACUGGUCUAGAUGGCGCUACGGAUGACAAUUAUGACAAUGAUCUUGAGCCUGAACUUCCCCCCACUCCUACACAACUAGGAUUGGAAAAGGCACCGGAUCGGUCAAUUGGGCUGUUGAGCAGCAGCCCCAGUGGAAGAUACGAAAAAAGAAUGAAACGAAAAGCAACCGACACGUUUCAGAAAAGCCCCUUGAAAACGUUGAAGUUCCAAUCUCAUGACCCUGAAGAAAUCUCAGACUCGGAUACUGGCUCCGUUGGUGAAGAUUUAUCUGCAGCUGCUCUAGAGAAGCGCAAAUUACGCAAGAGCCUCAAAGCAGAGCUGAGGUACCUGAAGGAUGAUGUUGCUGAGCUGAUGGAAUGGACUGGGAAAAUGGAGUCCGACAUAAAUCUCAAGGGCGGUUCGAAGGAACUGGACCAUUUUUUAAGUUUGCUCUCAGAGGAAUCGUCAUACAUCAACCGCCCUGUCCCAAAACGAGCCCCGGUGCCAAUAUCAUCACUACUUUCCACCCUGCUUCCAUUUUCUAAAAACGUAUCCCGUCCAACCCGUCCGACAUCGCCUUUACCUACAAACCCAUUCGCUUUGAAAGACUCAUCACAGUCACCAUCAUACCUUGCAGUGUUUGCCCCACUAGCUCUCCACGCAAACACUAGCCGGAGCACUCUCUCGAAGACAAGUGCCGUCCUUGAGACACAUACACUAACUUUUACCCCUCCGCCUCCUUUUCCAUCUUCUCUAUAUAAUAUUGCUGUUGUCUAUGAGACAGAUCCGGAGUCACAAUGCGUUAUCUCUGUGUCUGUGCCCACGGGUAUUGACAGCAAAAAACGAAGGGUGCCUGAGGUACUUCGUCGAUGGAUCGACGCUCGCCUAGCCAGUUCCCUCUUAAAGCUCGAUGUUGCAACGCUGUGCUGGGGUAUCAAUCGGUACUGGGAAGCUUCAGUAGCUCGUGCUCGUCUAUGGGCACGCAUCGAUCACAAGUACGGCAGUGUUGUCAGGAAAACCAAGUUGUCCGAAUCUCGGACUGGUGUGAUUACGAUUUCAGAGCUUCGGCGGUUAAUACCGCAUCUGGAUCGAAGCUCUCUGGUUGUCAAAUCCAAGUCUCCGGCAGGCUAUCCUCAAGUCCUUCUCUCUAAUCCUUUGUCGAUCGAUGAUUGGACUGGAGAGCCACAACUACGGCCAGAACUCAGUGUUUCCACAUCUAGCUCUAGUGGUUUACCCAGCAAGAAGAUCGACCAGGAAGCCAAGAAACUUUUCCACGCUCUAUUGCGGGAAGACAAAUCUACUACACAGAGCAUUGCGGAGGGUGUCCACUUUGGUGCGGUUGUCCGGGCCACAGAGGGCACCCUUGGCGCUUUGUUCGGUCAUGAUUGA